CGGGGCCGCUUCGCUGCGCGUUCCGGAACAGAACGUGAGGCGGGAGGUUCCAAUGGAACGGAGAGACAAUGGCCACUUCCUCUGUGUCCACUUCCUCUGUGUCCACGGGCUGCUUUGUUUUCAAGCCAAAAGGAUCCAAAAAGAGAGCGCCUACUUUAACAGCUGAGUUUUUUAAUAAAGGCAAAGCUGUUUCAGAGAACGUCAGGGUGCGAUUUGCUACCUAUGAGUCACUAUGGCAACAGACAAAAGAGGAGAUUGAGGCAUUACAAGAUAAUUUGAACAAGAAGAUGUUUGGCAGCUUAUUAUCGUUUAUUAAAAAUUCCCACUCCGACCUUCAAUCAAAAUCAAAGAGCUGGAGCUACCAGAUGCGGUGCAGCGAGAUCCCUACAGCAGCACUUGUUCUAGGUGUGAAUGUGCCUGACCACGAGAUGACAUUUCAGAAACUGUCUGAUCUUCUACAGGAAUCGCUUACUCCAUAUGUAGUUUGUCUGCAGGGCAAAGAUUUUACUGCUGUAAAGCAAGUUUUGCAGACAGUUCUGGUUCACCUUAUUGGCAGACGUGUGUAUGAUGAUGAAGACGAGGAGGAUGUCUUCUCUGUUGACUUCUCACAGAAAAAGAUAUUCUGCUCCAUGGCAUCCCUCUGUGGCUGGUAUAGAGCUGAGACUCAGAAACCCACCUUCAGCAGCCCAGGUAAGAAGAGGAAAUCCUCUUCUCCACAGUACGAACAGUCCCCUCCUGUCGUGAUCAUCUUCAAGGACCUGGAGAGCUUCCUUCCCAAAGUUCUGCAAGAUUUCCUGGUCAUUUGCAGUAAUUACAUCCAGCAACUCCCUCUGAUCCUGAUUUUUGGAAUCGCCACAUCAUCUGUCGCACUCCACCGAAUGCUACCCCAGUCAGUGUCCUCACUGCUCUGUAUUGAACUGUUUCAGUCACUUUCCUGCACUGAACAUUUGGCCGCAGUUAUCGAUAAGUUAAUCCUGACGACCAAAUUCCCGUUUAAACUCAGUGGAAAGGUGCUCCGGGUUUUAACCAGCAUAUUUUUAUAUCAUGAUUUUUCUGUGAGGAAUUUUAUCAAAGGAUUCCAGCUGUCUCUGCUGGAGCACUUCUACAGUCAGCCUCUUAGCCUGUUGUGUUGUGCACUGAAUGAAGCCAAUGCCCGAGUACAGGAUUUGACCCAUGAUGAUUGUGAGCUGAUCCGUCAAGUGCCUUCCUUUAUGAGAUACGUGGAAAGCCAGGACCCAGAGAAGCAGGUUGAACUGCUGACUAAGGACCAUUAUUUAAAGGACACUGUGAGGAAGCUGCUAAACGACCUUCACGUUUAUCACGAGAACUACCUCCCGGUGCUGAAGUGCCUGCACAUUCUCACAACAUCGCUUCCGAAAUAUCCCCUUGGAAAACAGAUCAGGGACCUGCACAGCACGUGUUUGGAAAAGGAGGUGUGGGAGACCGAAGACUACAGCUCUGCCUUUCAGCUGUUCGGAAUGAUGGCAAAGGAUGAGCUGGUAUCUCUGCUGACCAGAUGUCUGGACGUGUUGAAGUCUUCUGAGCAGGACAAUCUGGAAGACUCUGUUCAAAAGCUGGAAGAACUUCUUACAAGGUUUCAGAAUCUGGACAGUGUUCCGCGUGUAGAGGCAGUCAGAGAAGGUGAAGAAGAGGCGACAACAACCCAGAAAUCACUGCAGAGAAAGACUAAUCUUUAUCAACUCCAAAAGGAGUUGAUGGAGAGGAAGACAUCGAGGAGAUCCAAGAAACUGAGCGGGUUUGAGGUCCUACGUGUAGAAGUUCUUCAAUUCAUAGACAAGCUUAUAAGAGAUUACCUAUUGCCACCAGAGACACAGCCACUGCACGAAGUUACAUAUUUCAGUGCUGCAAGCACCCUUCGAAGACACUUGAAUGCUGCACCCCGCAAUGCCUUGCAGACAGCAUUAAAUAAUCCAUACUACUACCUGCAGAAUGAAAUCUUGAAGAGUGAGACAGGCACUAUUCCCAACACAGCACCUGAUAUCUGUAUAGUGUACAAACUUCACCUGGAGUGUGGCCGGCUGAUUAACCUGUACGACUGGUUACAGGCCUUUGCGAUGGUGGUAAAUGCUGCAGAAGGCAAUGACCCAGACACGCAGGUCGGCAAACCAGUGGAUAAAAUUCUACAUGCUCGGUUUAUUCGAGCAGUUUCUGAGCUAGAAUUUUUAGGCUUUGUGAAACCAACCAAAAGGAAGACUGAUCACGUGGCAAGACUGACGUGGGGUGGCUGCUGACCACAAGAAAGCUUGAAAUACCUUCCUACUUGUUCUGUUUGCCUUACAAGACUUUUUGACCAAGGAAUCAGUAUGCCUAAAGCUAUACACUUUCCUAGUUACAUAGUGAUCUGGCACAGAACCAGGCAAUUUGGCUCAAACAGUCCAAACCAUACAAUUAUACAGUAUUGUGAAAGAAAGUGAACUAAUAUGCCUAGUUUCACCAUUGAUGGAAGGUGUAAGAACCACCAGGUUGAUAAUAAAAUAGAUAUUGGGUAAUUGAGUCUGGAAAUGCAAAACAUAAUAUGUAAUCCUUUUUUUCUCCCCUAACCAACUGAUAAAAACUGCCUAUGUACUGUAGUUGAUCAGAGGAACAACCUACUUAUCCAGUGGACUACCUCUUAAUAUUUUGGGAAGGUUUUUAUUUAACAAACCAAUAAAAGUACAAGCUUGGCUCUUUACUCUAGCA